GCCACAUGACUGAAGCCGCCAGCCUGUGGUUCUGGCUGUGAUUGACUCCGGGCUGCCAGAGAAAUGCUUUGAGUUGGAGAAGCUUGUGUGUGUGUGUGAGUGUGAGUGUGAACGCGGGGAGACAUGCAGCAGACAGAGGUGUACCUCUACGAGAAGGUGGCGAUCCUCAUCUCCUGCCUGCUGUCGGUGCUGGGGUCGACGCUGAUCAUCGCCACCCACCUGUGGUGGCCGGAGCUGCGGAGCAAGGCUCGCCAGUUGCUGCUCUUCCUGUCGCUGGCAGACCUGCUGUCGGCUCUGUCCUACGCCUACGGGGUACUGCGGGACUUCCAGCGCUCCUCCUGGGACUGCGUGCUGCAAGGGGCCAUCUCCACCUUCGCCAACACCAGCUCCUUCUUCUGGACCGUGGCCAUAGCCAUCUACCUGUACCUGCUGAUCGUCCGCUCCGACCAGAGCCUGGCCGACAGCCUCGUCCUCUGGUCCCACGCCGUCAGUUGGCUCGUGCCUUUGGCCAUCACUGCGGCUGCCGUCGGCCUGCAGAAGAUAGGUUACGAUGCUUCUGACGUGUCGGUGGGCUGGUGCUGGGUCAGCAUCGAGGCAGAGGACAACGUCUUAUGGAUGCUUUUGACGGGCAAAAUCUGGGAAUUCGUGGCCUACAUCACCCUGCCAAUACUCUACAUACUCAUCAAGAAGCACAUCUACAGAGCGCAUGAAGCCUUGUCAGAGUAUCGCCCGAUCCUCACCAGCAGUUCCAGUCACCACGCCAGGUCUUCCAUUGCCGAUCGCAAGCUGACCCUGAUACCCAUCAUAUUCAUCUUCCUGAGAAUGUGGAGCACGGUGAGGUUUAUACUGACGCUCUGCAACUCCGAUGCUGUGCAGAAUCGAAUCCUGGUGAUGCUACAUGGGAUAGGAAACACCUUCCAGGGUGCUGCCAAUUGCAUUAUCUUCGUCCUCUGCACCGAAGCCUUUCGGUCGCGGCUAGUGUCUGGUCUCUGCGGCUGCUGCAAGGGUGACCCCGAUCCUGUGCCCCGCAAGGCCAUGCUGAACCAAUGCGAGGAGGUGCAGCCGUGAUUGCCUGCUCGCAAACCCCCGCACAAUAACACUCUCCAAGGGCGCUGGAGCAGU